AUGCCUUUUGAGAUAUCUUUUGACAAAAAUAAGACGCAGCUCUCUGGUUUGCAACUAGCGACCAACAUUAAAUUAGCUUUAGCUUUACAAUUAGGCGAUAUAAGUGCUUCCAAAAUUGCCGUUAAUGAUGAAGCUGUGGGUCCGCAAUUAUUUGGUCCUCCUUUGUUCCGACUUUUUGACUCGAAUGCGAUCUUGCGAUAUGUUAUGGACGACUUUGAAGGUUUAGAUUCAGAAGAAGGUCUUUUUGCGCUGUCAUCCGUUGAGGCAGUGCUUCAUCAUAAGUCUAUCCAGAAGGAGCAUGUUGAAUCGAUUGCAUCAAAAUCGCUAGACAGUUAUUUACUUUCACUUCAAGAACCAUUAUCUGCAACCAAGUUAAUUACUUUUGCGAACACAUAUGCUCUAUGCUCUGAAGCUGUUAUUGAGAAGUUUCCAGUAUUUCCAGAUUACCUCUCUAGGGCCUUGGAGGUUGCGCAGCAACAAACCCCACGAUCAUCUGCCCAAUUCAAGAAUACUGGUUCCACGAAUAUCCAAGAGGGUCACGAAGUAAAGGAGCAGCCUAAAGAGAUUCUGCCUAAAGAGGGGGAGCGGAACAUAUUGAUUACUUCUGCCUUGCCUUAUGUUAAUAAUGUCCCUCAUUUGGGGAAUAUUGUGGGAAGUGUCUUAUCAGCAGAUAUCUUUGCCCGUUAUGCAAAGGCCAGAAAUUACAAUACUCUAUUUAUAUGCGGUACUGAUGAAUAUGGGACUGCAACAGAGACGAAAGCCUUGGAAGAGGGUAUUUCUCCUCGUGAAUUGUGCGACAAGUUUCAUUCGAUCCACUCUGAAGUGUACAAAUGGUUCCAAAUUGGGUUUGAUUAUUUCGGCCGAACUACGACAGACCUUCAGACCGAGAUCGCCCAGGGUAUCUUUACUGACUUAUACAAUAACGGUUUCUUGGAAGAACAUUCUAUGAAACAGUUGUACUGUCCAGAGCAUAAGGGAUAUUUAGCCGAUAGAUACGUUGAGGGAAGUUGUCCGAAGUGUGAGUAUGAGGAUGCACGUGGUGAUCAGUGUGAUAAAUGUGGUAGUUUAUUAGAUCCUUUUGAACUUAUUAAUCCUCGUUGUAAAUUGGACAACGCCACUCCAGAACCACGUAAUUCUGACCAUGUAUUUUUGUCCCUAGAUAAGUUGGAGCAAGAUAUUGUCGAUUGGGUAGCAAAGGCUUCAGAGGAAGGUGCCUGGUCUAAAAAUUCUAAGAACAUUACCACAUCCUGGCUAAAAGAAGGCUUAAGACCACGCUGUAUCACUAGGGAUUUAGUUUGGGGUACUCCUGUUCCUUUAGAAAAGUUCAAAGAGAAGGUUUUAUACGUUUGGUUCGAUGCCCCAAUAGGUUAUAUUUCAAUCACGGCUAAUUACACCAAACGCUGGGAGCAAUGGUGGAAAAAUCCAGAAAAUGUUUCCCUCUAUCAGUUUAUGGGUAAGGAUAAUGUUCCAUUUCACACGGUUAUUUUCCCAGGUUCUCAAUUGGGUACUGGUGACAAUUGGACUAUGUUACAUCAUUUGAAUACCACUGAAUAUUUACAAUAUGAGGGUGGUAAGUUCUCUAAGAGCAGGGGUAUCGGUGUUUUUGGGAACAAUGCUCAAGACACAGGUAUUUCUCCUAGUGUUUGGCGAUACUACUUAGCGUCAGUUAGGCCAGAAACAAGUGACUCUCAAUUCUCUUGGAGUGAUUUCGUUGCAAGAAACAACAAUGAGUUAUUAGCCAACUUGGGAAACUUUGUUAACAGAUUGAUUAAAUUUGUUAACGCCAAGUACAAUGGCGUGGUCCCAACAUAUGAUGUUAAAUAUUUGCCAAACUUUGAAAAGUUAAGUGGUGACAUCAAUAACAUUUUAUCAUCAUACAUUGAAGAGAUGGAACAAGCACAUCAAAAACGUGGUUUGGAGAUCGCCAUGUCAUUGUCUGCUCGUGGUAAUCAAUUUUUACAAGAGAACAGGUUGGAUAAUACCUUAUUUUCCAAGUUCCCAACCAAAUCUGAUGCUGUUAUAGGUGUCGGUUUGAACAUCAUUUAUGCUUUGGCCUCCAUUAUAAGCCCCUUCAUGCCAGAGACUGCUGAUAGCAUUUAUAGAAUGUUAAAUGCUCCUCCUUUGGCAAUUGAAGAAACAUUCCAUUUACUCAUUGGAGGCGGUCAUACCAUUAAGCAGGCCGAAUAUCUUUUCCAACGUGUUGAAGAAGCUAUGAUUGCAAAGUGGAGGAACAAGUACAAUGGUAAGCAGGAUGUUUGA